GCGUUGCUCGUCAUCGUCCCCCUUUCACUGCGGCUCCAUCGCCGAGCGGACUGGCCCGCUGCUCUCAUCCGAGACCUCAGCGCAGACUGUCGGAUCUAUUAAAGCACCAUCGCCGGCUCCCUGAAAGCCUCCAGCUCGUGUCCAAAUGCAGGCGAUCAAAUGCGUGGUGGUCGGCGACGGGGCUGUGGGUAAGACCUGUCUGCUGAUUAGCUACACCACCAAUGCCUUCCCUGGUGAAUACAUCCCCACUGUCUUUGACAACUACUCUGCCAAUGUGAUGGUGGAUGGGAAACCAGUGAAUCUGGGCCUUUGGGAUACAGCAGGACAGGAGGACUACGAUAGGCUCAGACCACUGUCUUACCCACAGACGGAUGUGUUCUUGAUAUGCUUCUCCCUGGUCAGUCCGGCCUCCUUUGAGAACGUCCGAGCUAAGUGGUACCCUGAGGUGAGACACCAUUGCCCCAACACACCCAUCAUCCUGGUGGGCACUAAGCUGGAUUUGCGAGAUGACAAGGACACCAUUGAGAGGCUGCGAGACAAGAAGCUGUCCCCCAUCACCUACCCGCAGGGCCUGGCCAUGGCAAGAGAGAUUGGGGCCGUGAAGUACCUGGAGUGCUCCGCGCUCACCCAGCGAGGCCUGAAGACGGUAUUCGACGAGGCCAUCCGAGCCGUGCUCUGCCCUCCGCCGGUGAAGAAGAGGGGGAAAAGGUGCACCAUGUUCUGAGGAGGAAACACUGCUAUAACACUACACUGCAUCACCAUGAACAACAACCACUACUUCUCUGAGAGGAUGAGAGAAAACUAGUGAGAGUGAGUGUGCACUGCUGAGAUUGCUUUCUUUAUAUUGAUGUUUUUUCAAAGCGAUAUUGGUAACAAGGCCAAUAUUUACUCUGAUUUUUUUUACCAUUACUGAAUAGUUCAUAGGUUCUGAAAGACAUUGACUGUCCACCUACUUUGUACUCAUAGAACCACAUCAAGUUGCCAUGAGGGCUGACAAAGGUUUCUAUUACUCGUCUUCAUACUGUAACAUCUCUUCUUUCUCAGCCAUGCUUGCUUGAAUUAAUGCAGUGUUGACUAGAUAGGAAGUGAACUAUGAAUACGCCUUCAGGUCGGAAGUUACCCUUAGCUUCUGAUCUAAGAUCAGCAUUUCAAAACAAAAUACUACUGCCUGCAUUUAUAGAAUUUCACAUACUGAGUGUAAAAUAGAGAUAGUGUGGUUCCUCCACAAGAAAAGAGAACGAUAUGUUGAAGGGGAAUUCUGAUUAUUACAACAAAGCCUCAGGUUGUUGUCGUAGCCAUUGUUUCUGUUGGCUUUGUUAGCAUUGUGCUUACCAAAUCAAAUUGCUGAGACACCCCCCCACCCCCCCACCCCCAAAAAAAGGGCCUUAAGGUGGCUUCAUUUCCCUGAUUUCGACGCUCUGUCUUUGUCAACAUCUAGGGUCAAGACCUUCAUUAUGUUCCAUAUUAAAUCAAAUUACCACACAGAAAGCCUGUUAGACUAUUAGCCUAGCAGGUGAAGCUGCCCAUGGUCAACUGGAACAACUGUGUGACUGCUCAUGUUUCUUGCCCUAUUGGACAUUUCAGCAAAUAGUUUUGAUGAGUACAAAGUUGUUAGAGUUUUAGAAAUGAGGGAUAUAACUGAAAAUAGCUACGACCGAAAGGAUUAAAUGGACGAGACCUAUAAUAUUGAAACAGCAACCCAAAGUUAGAGCAGAAACUUUUAACCGCAGUGACUUUAAACUAAUCACACAUAUUUGCUUUUCUCUUAGAGCCUUGCUCACAUUUGUAAAGGCUCAUUCUUAACCAUUUGAAUACUACUGUCAUCAUAAGGUCAUCAGUUUACUCAGGUGAAGACUGAGAGAUGAGGCUGAAAAAUGAUAUUUACAAGUUUAAGAAUUAAUAUUCAAGCUCAAAUUUUAAAAGUAAAGUUUAAUAAAACAAUCUUAACUCAAGAUCCACUUACAAUCUUUUUCAUGAGUGUUUUUUAUCGCAUCCCAUGGUCUUCAUCAACAAAGACUGUGAGACAUUGAGGACUGAUCUAGGUUGGUCACUCGGCCGUCUUUGCUAAUGAAGCCCAUGAGUUGCGGUUAAAGGCUGGGUGGAAAAAGGUGUAUCCAGUCUUUUUUUUUUAACACCUGUGUUCUUACUUUCAACAGAAAUCUGAUCUUAGUCAAGUGUCUUUGGGUAACUUUAUCUAACUGUGAACACGUGACAGACGAGCAUGCCAAACAUGGGGGCUGUACAACCUUGCUGCCUGAGUUCUGCCUCUGGGGGUGGAGGAGCUUGCAUGGGUCUUAAAAUAUUCUGUCUUAAUUUAUCCCAUUGUUUAGAUCUUGUCUCUGUUCCUCUGUGUGUGUUCGUGUGUGCGUGUGUGCGUGCGUGCGUGUGUGUGUGUGUGUGUUUGAGUGAGUGUUUGUCACAGGCGUGUAUAUGAACGCUGGUGUUUGUGUGUUUGAACAAGAAACGUGUCGGUAUCAGUGAGACGGUGUUGUUUGACAGUUUUGGGAUAGCGCAUAAAAGACAGUAUUGUUUUAAGCCAAGUUUUUAGUGUCCAGUUUUUGGUACUAUUUCAUAUUGUAUUGUAGAAAUACACAAGACUUUUCAACACUCUGUGGACAUAAAGAAAGAAAAAAUGGGUAUCAAUGACAUCUAGUGAUGUACAGAAUAAUCCUUAGAAAAAGGAAUGCGUUAUGAAUAUCUAUCUACAUGUACCUGAAUAUUUAGCUCUUAAAACUAAAACAAUUCAAACUAAAGGGAUUAUAGUUGCUCAUGUCGAAGUUAGAAGUGUUGCUAACAGUGUACAAUAAAGGGGCUAAUCUUUGUGGAGUUUGUCACGGCGGCAAACGUCGCAGAUUGCACCUUUAUGACAUGCAUUUCUGUGUGGUUGCAGGCCUGCAGGUGUCUUUGUCUCCCCCGUGUGGCGAGACACAGCACUGCGGUCCACUCUGUCACGCUGUCUUUGGUUGGCAUAGCAAAACUGUGUGGUUGAAACAUGUCAUGUGGUCCUGCCUAGCUAAGGUGUUGAAAUGUAGCUGAGAAAUGCAGCAAAAAAUUCUACUCUACUAUUGCAUGGAAGUUCUCUGGUUAUUUGCCCCACUGUAAUUCUUAGGAGAGGUUGUAUGAUGAAAUGCAUUGGCAAUGUACGUAUGUAAUGUAAGAUGACUUGUAUACUUGUUUUAACUGUUUGUCUUAUUUUUUAUUACUUCACGUUUGUGUGGUGAAAUAUUUCAAUUUUUUGUAUACUAAAUACAAAUGUAUAUGUAAAGUA